UCUUUCUCUGCAUUCUCUCUCUCUCUAUACAUCUUUUUCAUUCUCUAAAUUCUUCAAACUUUUUCACAACCAAACCCAGAAUCUCUGUUUUUUUUUUUGAAUCUUUAUAAGCCAGAAAAUAUUAAUAAGGUGGAAGUGAUGAUGCUGGAUGAAUAUAUAGAUUAUAGACCAGUAAAGUACACGGAGCACAAGACAGUGAUCAAGAAGUACACUAAAAAGUUGUCAGUGGAGAACAAGAAGAAGAUCAGUUCUGGUCGUGACUCUGCGGCUAAGUUGGUUCGUGUGUGCGUGAUGGAUCAUGACGCCACUGAUUCAUCAAGCGACGAGGAGGAGUUUUUGUUCCCUAGAAGACGAGUCAAAAGAUUGAUCAACGAGAUCAGAGUCGAACCUAAGCCCUCCAGCGAAGUCUCCGCGGCUUCGAACAAGAACGCUAAAAGUCUGGCCGUUGAACCGCCGCUUAAAAAGGUAUCUGUCUCCGGUGACGAUCAAAACCAGAGGAAGUUCCGCGGCGUGAGACGGCGGCCGUGGGGAAAGUACGCGGCUGAGAUUCGUGAUCCGGAGCAACGCAGGAGGAUUUGGCUCGGUACUUUCUCUACAGCUGAGGAAGCUGCAAUGGUCUACGACAACGCAGCAAUAAGGCUACGUGGCCCUGACGCUCUCACCAACUUUGGCGUACCACCAGAACCAAAACCGGAACCAGAAACCGAGAGCAACGUAUCGGUUUCUUCAACAACAGAGUCAAUGGACUACUCUGAUCAUCAUCUAUCAUCUCCAACAUCGGUUCUCAACUACCAAAUAUCCGAACCAAUCGAUGAACCAGCCAAACCGGUUAAACAAGAGUUUAUUGAACCCGUAAACUGGCAUUUAGGAGAAGGUAAUGGUAAUGAUAUUGAUGAUUCAUUUCCAUUGGAUAUUCCAUUUCUGGACGACUAUUUCAAUGAAUCAUUGCCGGAUAUCUCCAUUUUUGAUCAAUCCAUGUCUGAUAUUCAAUCGCCGGAGAAUGAUUUCUUCAAUGAUCUUAUGUUGUUCGAUCACAACAAUAUGGGAGGAGAAAACUACCCUUCCGAUAUCGAAGAUAUUGGUUCAAUGUUUAACAAUGUUGAUGAUUUUUUUAUAUCUGAUUUUUUAGUUGUAUGAUAACUUCAUACAUAAAGAGAGACAAACAUCGGUUUCAAACAUAGCCGGUGGGAGUCAAAAUUUUGUCUUAAAUUCUUGAGUUUUGAUCAGUUUUUCAUUUUAAUAAUUUUGUUGAGAAGUAAUUUAAGUGUGUAUCCGGGGUUGUAAAACAUUUUUGUGAGAAAU